AUGACUAGGAAGAGGAACCCCCAAAAUAGGAAAGACUCAGAGACUGUAACUUCCUCCACAGAUUUACAAAUGGAUACAGAUAGAAACAAGAUGUCAGAAAUGGACUUCAGGUUAACAGUUAUGAAGACAGUAGCUAGAAUGGAGAAAUUGAUUAAUGGCAACAUAGAGUCUCUAAGGACAGAAAUGAAAGCUGAACUUGCAGAAUUUAAAAUUGCUAUCAAUGAGAUCCAAUCUAAUCUAGAUACUCUAACAGCUAGGGUAAAUGAAGCAGAAGAACAAAUUAGUAAUCUAGAAGACCAACUGAUAGAAAAGAAGGAAAAAGAUGAGGCAUGGGAGAAACAGCUCCAAAUCCACGAAAAUAGGAUUAGAGAAAUAAGUGACAUCAUGAAACAUUCCAAUGGACUCUCCCCAGAGUGCAUACAUAGAGAUGUGAAGCCAGAAAAUAUCCUCAUCACAAAACAUUCAGUGAUUAAGCUCUGUGACUUUGGAUUUGCUCGGCUUUUGACUGGACUGAGUGACUACUACACAGACUACGUGGCCACCACGUAGCGCUCCCCAGCACUCUUGGUGGGGGACACGCAGUACGGCACCCCAGUAGAUGUUUGGGCAGUUUGCUGUGUCUUUGCUGAGCUGCUGUCAGGGGUGCCUCUGUGGCCAGGAAAAUCAGAUGUAGAUCAGCUCUGUCUAACCAGGAAGACCUUGGGAGAUCUCAUUCCUAGGCACCAACAAGUAUUUAGCACAAAUCAGGACUUCAGUGGGGUGAAAAUUCCAAACAGUGAAGAUAUGGAACCACUGGAAUUAAAAUUUCCAAACAUCUCUUAUCCUGCCCUGGGGCUCUUAAAGGGCUGUCUCCACAUGAAUCCUGCUGAGAGACUGACAUGUGAACAGCUGUUACAGCAUCCGUAUUUUGACAGCAUCAGAGAAAUGGGGCCUUCGGCCAAAGAGCUUGACCGACUGGUAAGGAAGACCCUAAGACAGAGCCGAAAGCACCUGCCUGGGUUGCAGGGCCUACCUCAGCUGACCAGCAGUGGCUUCCUUCCAGCUUUGGAUAAUAAGAAGUACUACUGGAAUAUGAAGAAACUGAACUACCAACUUCCAAACAUUUAAGGAGCUUGGAGAUGGAUGAUGAAAAAGGAGUUAAUAAUUUGGAGAAAAUGAAAUGUAUACGUUUGCUUGAAAACAAUCAUGAUGUUGAA